UGAUUAUUUUCUUUUAUCCAUCCCUAUCUAAUCCAGUGGCCUAGUUGGUUGGUAGAGUAUUCUGAGCAGGUGUGUCCGUGUUUGAAUUUUUUCUCCCCUUUGUUUGCCAGGAAAAAAACAAAAAAGAAAAAAAAUCUGGGAAAAAGGAUUUUUGCAGUGCUUUCUACUUUUUCAAACCAAAAUAUGAGUUUGUUAUAGCAUUAAAAUAAUUGAAUUUAUGUUAAUUACAAACAGAUAUAUGUCAUCCAUGUUUAAUUUUGGUUGGAAUAGGUUUGUCAUGUUUGGUUAACUGGUUUUCAGGGAAUGAAACAACCUUCCACGCCAUCAACACAUCAAUUAUAAAACCACCCACAUGGACCACCCUGCAAUACGUUAUGCUAAAAUUAGCCAUUCUUGUGAUGUCAUGACCUUUAAAAACGCAUGUUACCUUCAACUGACAUUUCAACGACCCAACAAUCAACAAUCUUUUUCUCUCCCUUUCUAACUCGCUUUCUAACUCGUAAUGGAUCCUCUGCUGAAACAACAUAACGCUCACACCGUCAUAGCACACGGUGCUGUUAUGAUCCAAAUCUUAAAACUAUCAUCCAUGUUUUCAGGAAAUGAAACAACCUCCACGCCAUCAACACAUCAAUUAUAUAGUCACCCACAUGGACACAUAUGCAAGACGUGCUAAAAUUAGCAAUUCUCUCUAAGAUGUCAUGACCUAAAAACACGCAUGUUACCUUCAACUCACAUUUCAACUACCAUCCUUUUUUCUUGAUCACUUUCCAACUCUCAACUUAGCUGCUGUAAUAGUAUCGUGUUGUACAACAUGGACGAUUUUGAUCCCUACAAACACAACGUCCCUGCUGCUGUAUUGCACGGUACUGUUACAGAAGAGGUUCCCAACUAAACAAUCUCUGUCUAAAACAAUAUUUUUUUGACUGUGAUGGCUCCACAACAAUAUAAAAAUACAGUUUCUCAUUUUGAACUCGUGAUCUUAAUAGACCAAACCUUAUUGUUGUCAAAAAGUCUACAAUCAAACCCACAGUUUCAGACCGUUCAGCACACCAAAAUCUAUGCUUACAUUUUUUCUUUCUUUCUAUUUAUGGAAUUUUUUUUUUUUUUUUUGGGAAAGUUAUUUAUGGAAAAAUUUCCUUAUCCACAUUUCACUAUAAAUAGUCACCAUAACCUCAUUAGUUAGUCAUCCACAAAUUUUCUUGCAUUGUACCAAUAUUUGUCUCAUCAACCCAAUGGCUAGUUUGAUUAGAAUCACCUAUAAUAUUUGGGCACUUCUUGUGUUCUUAGCUCUUGUUUGUGAAGCUAGGGUUAUAACCGAUGGUGGGUUUGUUGGAACUAGGGGAGACCAUUUUGUACUUAAUGGCUCACCAUUUCUCUUUAAUGGGUUCAAUUCCUACUGGAUGAUGAAUCUUGCAGCUGACCCCAUUGAGAGGUACAAAGUAUCUCAAGUGUUCCGUGAAGCCUCUGCAGCCGGCCUCUCCGUUUGCCGGACUUGGGCUUUCAGCGACGGUGGUGGUGAUCGAGCUCUGCAAAUGUCACCUGGCAUUUACAAUGAACGUGUUUUUCAGGCAUUAGAUUUUGUGAUUUCGGAAGCAAGAAAUUAUGGAAUUCGAUUAAUUUUGAGUUUGGCAAACAAUUACAACGAUUUUGGAGGGCGACCACAAUAUGUUCAAUGGGCUCGAAAUGCUGGUGUGCAACAGCUUAGUAGCAACGAUGAUUUCUACACUAACCCAGCGAUUAAAGGGUAUUACAAGAACCAUGUUGGGAAAGUACUCACUAGGGUUAACACCAUAACCAGAAUCCCUUACAAGGACGAUUCAAUGAUCAUGGCAUGGGAACUCAUGAACGAGCCUCGUUGCCAAGCUGACUACUCUGGAAGAACGAUUAACGGUUGGGUACAAGAGAUGGCUACUUUCGUAAAAUCCAUAGACAACAAACACUUGCUGGAAAUAGGCAUGGAAGGGUUUUAUGGAGAUUCAAUGUCUGAGAAGAAGCAAAAUAAUCCUGGUUACCAAGUUGGCACAGAUUUCAUUAGCAACAAUCUCAUCAAGGAAAUAGAUUUCACAACUAUGCAUGCAUAUCCCGAUAUAUGGUUGUCUGGACAAAAUGAUUACUCACAAAUGGCAUUUAUGCAAAAAUGGAUGGGAAGCCAUUGGGAGGACUCAAGAAUGAUACUAAAGAAGCCACUGGUAAUAGCCGAAUUCGGGAAGUCUAGUAAAGAUUCAGGUUACAGUGUAAAUGGAAGAGAUAUAUUCUUGAACACUGUCUAUAGAAACAUCUACAACUUGGCUAGAAGUGGAGGAGGCGGCGGCAUUGGUGGCGGAUUGGUGUGGCAGCUCAUGGCAGAAGGGAUGGAGCAAUAUCACGACGGAUAUGAAAUAAUCUUACCGGAAAAUCCCACCACCGGUGGAGUCAUUUCCUCACAAUCUCGUCAAAUGACCGCAUUGUCUCAUUUGUUCUGAGCAGACCGCAAAGUACUCAUCCAUGAUCCCACCCGGACUAGCUCGAAGUCAUAAUUAGUUUUUAGUAGUGCAAUUAAUGAGUGGAAUGAUUUAUUAUUAUUAUUAAUUUUUUUGUUUUUGUUUUUAAGAAUAGGAAGGAAAAGAAUGAAUUUCACAUCAGAUUAAUUUUAUUGUUUUGGAAUUCCAUCAAAAAAAAAAAAAAAAAAUUAUUGUUUUGGACAAAGAGAGUUCAAAGAUGUAAUUUUUGGCUAAAUAUGGCUAAUAUUUUGAGCUCCAUGUCACCUCUAACAUCAAUUUUGACCAAGUU